AUGGACAUCGACGCGGCAAUCGCCGCCAAGGAAGGCCAGCUCAAGGACAUUGAGCAUGAAAUCCAACUUCUCUUCGUCAAGCAAUCUGAAGUCGAGCGAGACUUGAGUCUCCUGCGCAAGCAGCAAGCACAUGCUCGGGAAAUCGUCGUGCUAUCCGACUCGGACGACGACGACAAUGUACUUUCCACCACGUCACUCCCGACACGGUACACCACCGCGCAACUUGAAGACGUCUUGCACACUCAGUUUGGGCUUACCUCGUUUCGGCCCCUCCAAGAAUCCAUUCUCAUGGCAACCCUUGCCAAGAAGGACACGUUUGCAAUCAUGCGCAGCGGCGGCGGCAAGAGUUUGUGCUAUCAGCUACCAGCUAUCCUUGAGCGCGAUGUCGGGUUCACCGUCGUGAUAUCUCCGUUGGUGUCGUUGAUCCACGACCAGGUGAUGCACUUUUGCAACAUAUACGGCCCCGAGUCGGCCGUAGCCUUGACGGGCGACUCGUCCAGACAAGACGCCAGCGCCGUCUACGCGCGCAUGCUAGCUCCAUUUUCCCCGCCGCUCCUGCUUCUCUUUGUCACCCCUGAAAAGGUGUCCAACAGUAAACUGCUCCUGUCUCGCUUGGACAAAGCCCACGCCGUAUCGCGCGUCCAGCGGUUCGUCGUCGACGAAGCGCAUUGCUGCAGCCAGUGGGGGCACGACUUUCGCCACGACUAUCAUAAACUGGGUCUGCUCAAACGCCAGUACCCGACCGUGCCCAUGCUCGCCCUUACAGCCACCGCCACGCCCGCCGUCAUCGACGACAUCAAGAUGAUUCUCGAGAUCCCGCACUGCGCGUUCCUGCACUCGACGUUUCUCCGCCCCAACUUGGUCUAUUCCGUCACUGUGAAACCUGACAAAGACUCGGUAGCCGCUAUCGUCGACGCCGUCAUGUCCUUCGGCGCGUCGACCUCUGGCAUCGUGUACUGUAUGACCCGCAAAGAAACCGAGACCGUGGCCGCCGCGCUCCAAGCGGCGGGCGUCCGCGCCGCCUACUACCACGCGUGGGCCCCCGAUCGCCACGUCAUGCACACCCAAUGGGUGCAGAACCACGUGACGGUCAUGGUCGCCACUAUCGCGUUUGGUUUGGGCAUCAACAAGCCAGAUGUGCGCUUUGUACUUCACGCCACCAUGUCUAAAUCGUUGGAGGGGUACUACCAAGAAUCUGGACGAGCCGGGCGCGACGGAUUGCCAGCCCACUGCGUCCUCUUCUUCCGGCCCCAAGACGUCCCCCGCGUCGCGAGUCUCGUGCACAGCGAGCGCGACGGCCUCCGCAACUUUGAAGCGAUGGUCGAGUACUGUCUGAACACUGACCAAACGUGCCGAAAGCAGACGAUGGCGGCGUAUUUUGCAGAGAGCAUGCCGCGUCCAUGCGGAACCGCGUGCGAUGUAUGCGAUGGACGGAUGAUGGAGAACGCCACAUCGUCACAGGACCAAGGGGGGAGCAGCAGCAUGUCUGCGACAGCGUAUGCGCAGCAAGUGGUGCAGUGGCUGUCUGUACCAAACAAGCGAUAUACACUCAAACAAGUGGUGGACGAAGCAACAUCCAAGAAAGCUCAGUGGGCCCUCGAGGGGCCUCUGGCCACCAGACGCCUCGCUGUCGAGCGAUGGCUCGUUCAGCUCACCAUGUCGCAUGUUCUCAAGUGGGAGUUUGCGAUCACGCCAUAUGCGACCAACGCGUACCUUGCGACCGACUACUUGGCUGCCAAACUCACCCGUGGCGACCUGGUGUCGUGUCCCCCCGUCGUGUGUUUCCCUGGCUUUAGUGACGUUGACACUCGGUCGUUUUGUGUUUUGCAUCGGUUGGACCUGGUCCGACAAACGGUCAGCAUCCAACUGAACGUCCUCCCGAGCCAAGUGUGGCGACAGGCCGCCAUGUACCAGUUUGUGCAGUCGCACCCCCCGCCCCCAUGGACGCCCGAGCAAAUCCGCCCCCUUCUGCGACACAGUUUCACUGGAACCGAGGAAGCGGCGGUCACCCAGGCCUUGACUCAUGUCAAUAUACCCAACGACGACGACCUCGAUUACCCAGUGUCGAAAUCAACUAAGCGACGACGGGAGCUAGACUGAACCCAUCGGCCAGUUGUUUGGAUAUCACAGGUAUAACGUUAUCAAGUGAGUGCUCCAACCCACGAUUUCCGUACUUGAAUUGAGUACUUGAACUCCUGCUCCGGUUACCAACAAUCGUAGGUUGGUGUAUCUUUGAGUACUGUAACACAUAUGGAGUACUUGUGUACUUUUGUGAACAUUGACUGUGAGUACCAUG